AUGCAUCGCGGUAAACUGUAUCCCCAGAGCACAGCCGGCCUCUACACCGCCGCCGCUCUGUUGCGGCUGACCUUGAUCGCCUUGUUCCCCGCCCUGCCGGAUCUGCUGACCGGCCGCGUCGAGAUCUCGACGCCCGUGACGAGCUUCAAGAGGUUGCAAGAGGGCCUGUUCCUAUAUAACCACAAUGUCUCGCCCUACGACGGCGGCGUGUUCCACCAGGCGCCUCUGCUCCUCCCGCUCUUCUCCCUCCUACCGAGCUCGUCCGCCUACCCCCUGUUCACGCACCUCGUAUACGUCGCCGUUGACCUGCUGAGCGCCAAUGCGCUCUACAAGAUCGCCGAGUCUGGCGAGGCCGCCCUCUCCGCCUCGAGACGAAGGGACAGGCGAUGGAGCGGCUACGUCGUCGCUGCCAUCUUCCUCUUCAACCCCUUCACGAUCGCGACCUGCCUCGCUCGACCGACCAACGUCUUCACCUCGUGCGCCAUACUACAUGCGAUCGCAAAGGCCGUAUCCGGCACCCCCUUUACCGCCAUGCUAGCCCUCUCCUUCGCCACGUACCUCUCCAUGUAUCCCGUGCUCCUGCUGCCGCCGCUGAUCCUGCUCGCCUACGACUGCCGGCACUUCUGGAACAAGACGUCGUCCCUGCCGCAGUUCGCGAGCGCCAACGUGGCGAUCGUCGGGGUUUGCCUCUCAGCCUUGUUCCUGGGCUCCUACCUGCUCACCGGGUCCUGGGAGUUCCUCGGCUCGACCUACGGCAUCCAGCUAACGCUGACCGACCUCACCCCCAACGUCGGGCUCUGGUGGUACUUCUUCAUCGAAAUGUUCGACAGCUUCCGCGCCUUCUUCCUCGGCGUCUUCUGGCUUCACCUGUCGUGCUACGUGGGGGGCCUGUCGAUCCGCCUCCGCGCGCAGCCGCUCGCAGUCCUGACGCUCCUGCUGGGCAUAUUCGCCAUCUUCAAGCCGUACCCGAGCAUCGCCGACACGAACCUCUUUCUCGCGAUGGUGCCCCUGUUCAAGCACGUGUUCCCGCUCCUCCGAUAUAGCUUCGUGACGGCAGCGACGGUGCUCUACUCGACUUUCCUCGGCCCCGCCUUCUACUACCUGUGGAUCUACGCCGGCAGCGGCAACGCCAAUUUCUUCUACGCCAUCACCCUGGUCUGGAGCCUCGGGCAGAGCUUGCUGGUGAGCGACCUGACGUUCGCUGUGCUGCGCGACGAGUGGGAGGUCGAGCACCCCGAGAUGGUCGGGAAGGAGAUUCGGCAGAUAUAG